AUGGCAGAUCGGCCUUCUCAGUCAGAAUCCAUCUAUGUUGAACAACUCUUUGCCAUGCGAGAUUAUGGUCGUACAACGCUGUACGUCGAUUUUCGACAUAUUCUCGAUUACGAUGAAGUCCUUGCACGUGCCAUAAGCGAACAAUAUUACAGAUUUUUGCCUUAUCUCCGGCGCGCGCUAAUUGAGUGUGUGAGUGUAUACAUCCCGGGCUACCUUUACUUAAAUGCGCACAUGGCUUCAACGGCCUCCUCAGGCCUCGUCACUCGCGAUUUCUCACUCUCAUUCCACAACCUUCCCAUUGUAUCAGGCAUUCGGUCCUUACAUACGGAUAAGGUUGGCCGUCUGCUUGCUGUAAGUGGGACGGUCACACGUACCUCCGAAGUACGCCCUGAACUCAUUGUUGGGACAUUUACAUGCGUCGAAUGCAAGACGAGUAUACCCGAUGUCGAACAACAAUUCCGAUACACUGAGCCCAUCAUGUGCCGGAAUCCCAUGUGUCAAAACCGGACACAAUGGGAAUUGGAUGUGGAAAAAAGUCGCUUUUGUGACUGGCAAAAAGUACGCAUCCAAGAAAAUGCAAAUGAAAUCCCCACUGGUAGCAUGCCUCGCAGCAUUGACGUGAUUUUGCGCUCAGAAAUUGUCGAGCGCGCCAAAGCCGGGGACCGCUGCAUUUUUACCGGCACUUGUAUCGUAUUGCCAGAUGUGUCCCAGAUGGGCGUUCCUGGUGUAAAUGCGCAAAUUCAACGUCAAACUCAGCCUGGCAGUGCUGUAGAGGGUAUCGCGAAUCAGGGUGUCACGGGUCUCAAGUCAUUGGGGGUUCGCGAUUUGACUUAUCGUACUGCCUUUUUGGCUUGUAUGGUGCAAAGUGGUGAUGGUCGCUCUGACCAGAGUGCCAGUAUUAUGGAAGAGCAAGAGGAUGCCCAAACUGUGCUCAGUGGUCUUACAGAACAGGAGCGUGAGGAAUUGGAAGCUAUGGUCGUCAGCACGGACAUUUAUCCACGACUUGUUCGCAGCAUGGCGCCCACCAUGUAUGGACACGAAAUUAUAAAAAAAGGUAUUCUAUUGCAGUUAAUGGGAGGUGUGCACAAACAGACAAAAGAUGGGAUAAAUCUUCGCGGCGAUAUCAAUAUAUGUAUCGUAGGCGAUCCCAGUACAAGCAAGUCCCAGUUCACUAAAUAUGUCGUUGGAUUUUUACCGCGCGCCGUCUAUACGUCUGGCAAGGCCUCGUCUGCAGCUGGUUUGACGGCAGCGGUGGUUCGAGAUGAAGAGACGGGCGAAUUCACAAUCGAGGCUGGUGCUUUGAUGCUUGCAGACAAUGGCAUUUGUGCAAUCGAUGAGUUUGACAAGAUGGACCUGUCUGAUCAAGUGGCCAUUCACGAAGCCAUGGAGCAACAAACCAUCUCUAUCGCCAAAGCUGGCAUUCAAGCCACUUUAAAUGCACGCACGUCUAUUCUUGCAGCAGCCAACCCGAUGGGUGGUCGAUACAACCGGAAACAAACAUUGCGUGCCAAUGUUGCUAUGAGUGCCCCCAUCAUGUCCCGAUUCGACUUAUUUUUUGUUGUACUUGACGAAUGCAACGAAGCUGUUGACUGGAACAUAGCACAACACAUCGUGAAUAUUCAUCGUUUCCGCGAUGCUGCUAUUGCCCCGGAAUUUUCAACUGAAGCUCUGCAGCGUUACAUCCGGUACGCUCGCACAUUCCAGCCGAAAUUGACUCCAGAAGCAAGUGAUGUGUUGGUGGAAAAGUAUCUGCACUUGCGUCAAGAUGACUCUGGUGGUUCUGUGGGUCGUAAUUCAUACCGCGUCACUGUUCGUCAAUUGGAAAGUAUUAUUCGAUUGUCAGAAGCCAUCGCUCGUGCAAAUUGCCGGUCUGAUAUUACGCCUGCUUUCGUACGCGAAGCCUAUUCUUUGUUGAGGCAAUCCAUUAUUCAUGUCGAGAAGGACGACAUUGCCAUCGAUGCUGUCGACGAAGAGCCCGCAGCGGCUGAUGCAACAACGCCAGCGGCUCGUCCCAUGACUCCAGCAGGUGUGGACAAUGGUCAAGCAGCACCCACUAGACGAAGCAUCACGUAUGACAGAUACAUGGAACUCGUCAACCAGCUUGUCCUCAAAGUUAAUACGGUGGAACGCGAUACGUCACAGGGCAUAUCUCGGGAAGCCCUGGCACAAUGGUACCUCGAGGCCCAUGAGAACGAAAUUGAAUCCGUGCAGCAACUCCACGAAGAGUCAGAUCUGAUCUCGCGCGUGAUCUCCAAACUAGUCAAAGAUGGAUAUUUAGUGAGCCUUCCUGUUGAUGAUGCUGAGCGCGUGCUUGGCGGGCCAGAGCAAGUGCUUAUGGUGCAUCCACAGGUGGAUGUUGAUAGUCUUCAGUAG